GCUCUCCUCUUUUCCCUUGUCGUCUCCGUUACCGCUCGCACUUGCCACUCAAGUACCGCCCCCAUUCUCUCUCAUGGCGGACUCCUCCUGCUGCCCAGCCAAACCCUAAUGUCGGACCGGCGGCGCCGCCACGCCCCCCGCGCCGUAGCCUCGCCGCCACGAGCUCUCUUCGAAGAUUGGAAGCUCUCGGCCUGGCGAGGAAACUAGGAGAAGCAACGCCUCAGGGAGGGAGGCGCGAUGGGCGAUCUGAAGGAGAUGAAGUACAGGCGGAGGAUUGGGCUCCAGGAGCGCGCGCAAUGCAGCGACCAGAGGGCCGUCGACUGGGGCGUGCUCAAGCAGGACCCCGUGGAGCUGCUGCGCAAGCUGGACGAGCUGAGGGACCAAAUCACGCGGUCCUGCCAGGUCGCCGAGCAGCCACGGGAGCACCGUCGGGUGGGCCGCCGACCGCCCUCCUUGCUCCCCGACCUUCCCGAGCCGGUACCUCUACCCGGUUAUCACCGCCCACGCUAUGGUGCCCGGUAUGGGCAUGGCUUGCCGCUGAGCCCAUGUGAGCCGCAGCACUCUGAUCAUGGGGAGAGGUACGCGAGGCAGUCAAGUGGGCGGUAUCGCCAGUACCCAGGGAGGCAGUGGGACAACGGUGGGAUUGGACAUGGGAAUUACCAUCAGUAUGCGUGUGCUAGUCCGCAUUAUCUGCAUGGACAGAGGCCUGCGCCACAAGAAGAGCACAUACCGAUGGCCAGAUACUUCGCUGGGCAGCAUGAAUGCUACCGAUUUGAAAGGUCACCAUCUAUUUCAUCAGAUUAUGACCAAAGGUCUGUGGCAUCAUCGCUUUACUCGCAUCGCUCGGUAUCAAAGAAAAGGGCUGAGUAUUUUAGGAAGAAGGCAGAACAUCUCUGCCGGCCAAUGCAUGGCGCUGCGCCAUUUGUUGUUUGCAGUUCUUGUUAUAAUCUCUUGCAGCUGCCAAUGGAAAAAUGCAUGGGGUGGAAACAAAACAGGCUACAGUGUGGGUCUUGCUCUGAGAUAAUCAGUGUGAAGCGCAUGAAAGGAAAGGCUAUUCCCUACACAUCCUCACCGUCCUUCAGUUUGUCCAAAACUGAGCAAAGCUCACAUGAUCGAAUGAGACGAGAUUUUGAGCAUCAGCAUCAUGAUGAUGUCACUUCUGCGUUUUAUAAUUUGAAUGAGCACAGCAGCAUGCAAAUCAACAUAGAUUUUGGUGAUGAUAAUUCAGUUUCUUCCACCAUUAGUCAUGAAAGGACUGACAGAGAAUGUGGCUCAAACAGGAGCAUUCAAUCAAAAGCAGAUGGUAUCUCUCUGUCUCCAGGCAGGUCUGGAGAUAUUGAAAGCCCAAAGGAUAUAUUAUGUGAAAGAGAUGCAGAUUGUCAGGAGGAACAUUCAGUAGAUGGUCCAGUCAGCCCGUGUUCCCCAAUUUUAGAGGACAAACUUGUUGAUCCACUGUGCAGCCAAGAAAAACACAAUAGUUCAGAGGACUUAGGUAUGGAUAAUGGAUCUGACCUAAAUUGCAAAGGAGAAUACAAUGUUAAUGAUGAUGAGAGUGUCAGCAUGGGAAGUGAACAAAAGGUCAAUGAAGCUGAACUUGUAGAGGAAAGUAUGUGCAGAAAGCAUGAUCAAAAGAACAAGGAAGAUCACUGUUCUAGCCUUGAAGAUGUUAGCAAAAUGCAUGGGCAGAAUAGUACAAAAGUUGACCCUGAUAGUCUUGAGAAUGGAAAUGAAAAGCAUGAGUGGACAAGCAAAACCGAUGUCACAAGCAGUCCUGAAAGUGAAGGUAAAUGCAAGAAAUAUGACCAUAACAGCAAGGAAGAUGAAACAAGCGGUCUGAAAGUUGAGAACACAAGUAAUGAGUUUGACAAGAAGAACACAGCGGACAGCAGCAGUGCCCUCGAACAUGCGAACACUGCCAUUGAAUUUGAAGGUACAAGCACAAGUGAGAGAUAUGAAGAAAACCUAAUGGAACAAGAUAAUGGAAAAUUGCAUGAGCCAUGUGCUGAGGAUGCCAAUGCCCUAACGGAGAGUGGGUCAUCAGUUAAUGGGCGCACAAAUUCUGGUUUUUCUCAUGGUUCUUCUGAGGCUGGUUUAGAUGAAGAUCAAUCCUCAACUGGUAAGAGUGGGGAUUCAUCAUUUUUUGCUGGUUUCUUGAAGAAGGGAUUCAAGGACCUUUCUUUAUUUAACCAGUCCAUGGAUAGUGUUAAGGUUUCAAUCAAUGGCCAUCCAAUCUCUGAAAGAGCUCUUAAGAAGGCAGAAAAGAAAGCUGGUCCUGUUGAACCUGGCUCAUACUGGUAUGACUGCCGUGCUGGAUUUUGGGGCAUCAUGGGUAGAGAAUGUAUUGGCAUUAUUCCUCCAUAUAUAAGAGAAUUCAAUUAUCCAAUGCCCAGAAAUUGUGCUGGUGGAGACACUGAUGUCAUUGUCAAUGGCAGAGAACUUCAUCAGAGAGAUUUAGAUUUGCUUGUAGGAAGAGGACUUCCACGUAUCUCUGGCAAAUCAUAUUCCAUUGAGAUUUCUGGAAAUAUUACCGAUGAUGCUGGAAAUAAGCUACGCAGUCUUGGCAAACUUGCUCCCACAAUUGAGAAGCUGAAGCGUGGUUUUGGUAUGCACGUUCCUGAAGGGUUUAGGUAGCUGGAUAUAAUGCCGGGUUCCUGCAUUUCUAAUAAUCAGUUUAAUCACCUCCCUCGCAGCUACCUAUUGGAGGGCAAGUUUGUGAUUUCUACUGAACCUGACAUGGACGCUUUUUAAGUAGUACUUGGGAGUGCUGGUGUGCAGCAGAUGUAGUACUAAAGAAGCUAUGAUCACAUGAUCUUGUGGUUUUACUAUUGAUGACCUUGGUCCUACUAAUUCAGUUUAUUUGCUGAAAGCAAUGUUUGAAAAUGAUGCAAUCUGCCAGGCAGCGCUAAUUUCUCUGCAGCUUUUUCUUACGAGUGUUAUUGUCUUGUGUAUUUUCUCACCACGGGAAGCAUUAGGUAUAUGUGCAAUUAUCGGCUUGUAAUAUGUUCCUAGCGCUAUACCUUCUCUAAUAUAUUUAUGUGUAAAUAUGUUACUAUUUGAUCA